UUCUGACUGAUAGUACUGAUAGCACAGAUACACCAGAGCGUAUUAGUCGGUGGCCAGAGGUUUUUAUUGUUCCAAUAUUUUCUUAUGAGAUGGAACAUGUGCUAAGGGAAGGUAAUGCAGCAUAUGAAAAAGAUGGGACAGUAAUUAGACUCCCUAGAGAUCAAAAACACAACAUACUCGAGACAAUGGGGGAAGAAAUCUUUAGACUGAAGGCAUAUCCUAGUAGCACACAAAUUGGCAAGGCUGCAGAACCUUUAGUUAGAAAACAUCCCUGUUUAAAGGAGAGAAACUCUGACACCGGGUGGGAAGGAUGGAAGAAUAGUCUGAGACAUAAAAUAGGAAACCAAAGAAAGAAGUUUGCUAAAGCUGGCAUCAAAGAUGUAGCUGUAAAUUCUGGGAAGCGCAGCAGAACAAACCCAGAAGGAGCUGCACCAAGGGCCAAUAUUAAAAGACCUAGGAGAGGUGAGGUCAACUUCCUUCCCAGUUAUCCUUCUGGAGAAACAAGGGAGUCUCUGGAGACCAGGAGGGUUGAGAUGGUUGAGGAGUUCCAGAAGACCUCUGGUGAAAGAGCCAUCCCUCUUAUUCAUCAACACAUGAUGCGCACCUUUGCCCUCCGGCGUGAAGAGAUCAUCCCAACUUCUCCUCCUGUGUCAGAACUUAAGGAAAGAUGGCCAGCACUCUUUUGUGAGACACAGCUCUACUGUGAAUUUCACCGGAUUACCAAUCAGCAUCUGCCACACGUGUUUUAUGCUGCAUUGGAUGAAUAUGCUCCUAAGCUGAUUGGACUUUACAAAAAAAAGAAAACUGGACGGGUUGGUGAAAAGAUGGACCAGCUUAUGUUGGCAUAUGAGAAACAGGACAAAAACGACAUUCAUGCAACAAGAACAGCAGCCCUGGCUGGCCUACCCAUUUACCUCAAAGAGGAUUCUUCAGGCAUUUUCAAAACAUGCAAGGAUGAAAUGGAGUUCCAUGAAGGUGCAGUUGCUUUGGUUGCUGAUGUGGAUGAAGAAGAGGCGCCUGCUGGAGUUCCUUUCUCACCACGCCAAGUGUUCAUUGUGCUUGAGGAUCAGGUUGUAAUGACUUAUCACUCAUGGACUGAUGCACUGGUGUGUUUGUUUGGGCUAAUCUAUGCUCUACAUCUGAGCUAUCCUGUGAAGUGCAUUAGCUUUUUUGAGUUCAUUCAAGUAGUGUUGCUGAAGCUCAACGAUGAGAGAAAGCAACUUAAACCAAAGUUGCAGACACUGAAAAAUGAGCUGGUGUAGAUGGGGUUUGUUGUUCACAGGUUAGUACAUUCAUGCUUGUCCAGGAAUCAGUGGUGAAUAUCUUCAAGUCAAUAGUUCUAUUUGUUCAGGUGAUAAGCUUUCUAAAGUAGGCAAUAUGCAUAAAACUAAAACUAAGGAAAAAGUUCAAACGAAUACUUGACAUUUCUGUUGUGAUUCUGAUUUUAAGGCAAACAACUGAGAAGCCACAAGUAUCUGAGUAUUUUUUUUUCCAUGCAGUCUAUAUUUUUUAGCUAAUUUGAUGCAUUCUUAGCAUUUAAUUAUUGAGAUCCUUGUACAUCUUAGCUAUAUUUGUAUUUACUAUAGAUUCAUGUCAGUACAUUUGAAAGCAAAAAAAUAAUUGAUAAUUAGUCAAAAUUUAUAUUUAGAAUCCUUAUUUUUGAGUUGUGAGAUAAGUGCUUGCCAUUUUGAUUUUGAGGUUUGGGCAAAGCAGUUGAAAAGCCACAUAUCUUCGUGCAAACUGUUUUACAUUUACAUUGUUCAUCUGAAAUGAUGCAUUCUUACAUUAUGCAUGGAUAAUUGUUGUUACAGACAUCCUUGUAGUUCAGCUGUACUUCCAUUUGC